AUGUCUGAGAUAAACUUUACUCUGUUGAAUGACAGGGUACUUGAUGUUGACCCAGACAUCAGAUUUAUGGCAUUGGAGGAUUUACGUAAAUUUCUAACUGAUGAAUCAAUUGCCACUAACAAAAAUGCAAUCAAUAACAAUUUAAAUAAUUUGAUACCAAAACUAUUGAACAUGUUGAGUGAUGCAAAUCCAGAUGUACAAAAUCAAGCAAUAAAAUCAUUUGAACCAAUGAUCAAGUAUUUGGAUAAUGAUUCAAUUUUGAACUUAGUCAAAAAAUUAUUUCAAUUAGUUCAAUCAACAAAGUCCAAGUCAAGUUCAUCAUCAACGAAUUCUAACUUAAAAAGUUUUACAGUAUCUGUACCUAACAUGGCAUUAAGAUCCUUAUUUGCUCAAUCUAACUCAAGAGAAAAAUCUGAUUUUAUGCUGGAUAAAUUAUCAUCGUCAAAUUUUAGAUUCGAUCGACAAUUAUCAAAACAAAUAAUGGACUACUUAAUACCUAAUAUAACUGGUGGAGAUACUUCAAUUGAUAACAUUGAAUUAUUGAUAGACUUGAUAAAUGAAUUAGGUUACGUUUUGAAUCAAAAUGAAUUAUUGAAGUUGGGUGAAUAUUUUAUUAAUGUUAGUUUCAAGGAACAAGGUAUCAUAGGGAAAAAAGCCGUCGUUGGAAUUGAAAGAGUUGUUGUUUUAGUUAAAACAGUUGAAGGUAUUGAUAAAUUGUUGGAUCUUGCAGCUUCCACAUGUUUAGAUUCAAAAUUGAAAAACAAAUCAUACAUUUUGCUUCAACUAUACUCUGUGAUUUUACAAGGUGGUGUUCAUCCAUCAAAUGUUGAUCAAAUUUAUGGAUUCGUCAUGGAAAUUAUAAAUUCUCCAAUAGAGUUCAACGAGGAUGAAGACAUAGAUUACGAUCUUCUUGAGCAACAAAAUGCAUUAAAAGACGAAGCAUUCACGACAUUGAUUGAUAUACUUCAACAAAAUUGUCUCCCAACAGAGCACAAAAACCAAAUCAUAGAUGCGAUAAAGAAAUAUUUGAAAUAUGAUCCUUUGCAUUCAGAUGAUGAAGAUUUAAAUAUCAUUGACGACGACAUUGAGUUCAGUGAUGAGGAACUUGGAGCUGGAGACGACGAAGAGUACGAUGGUUCAUGGAAAUUAAGGUCAAAAGCUGCGAUUUUGAUUAGAGUCCUUUUAAAAAGUUUCCCUGAUACUUUGGAUGUAAUAUCGAGAGAAAUUUUACCAUUAAUUAGUUUGCAAGACUCCAAUGAUCAAGUUGCGCAAGAAAGUAUUAAAUCUUGUAUUGCAAUUAUUCAAGCAACUUCACCAAGAGACGCACAAAGUCUUCUGCCUCUAUCACAAGUCAUUGUCAAUAGAAUUGCAAGUGUUAAAGAAGAGCAACUAACAUCAUUUUUAAGACUAAUUGAAAGUCUUAAUAGAUUCAACAAUCAACCAUUAAUCGAUGAAUUUUUCAAAACUUUGAAUUCUCGAAAAAUCAUUUCCUCCAGCUCAACUGAUUAUCUACAAUUUUAUUCAAGUGUCCUAAAAUUUCAUGAUAAUUUGAACGACGAAACAAUAUCACGAAUUGCACAAGACCUAGCUACUAAUAUUAAUGAUAAAUCAUUCAACUUGAUCCUGGAAUCUUUAAAAUGUCUUCAAGUUUUGUUCAAAAAUAUUAAUGAUCUUCUGAGAAUUUCCAAUCUUGAUACUAUAAUAAACAGAUUAAUUGAUAAAAUUAAAAAUAGCAAAACUUAUCCAAGUGAUUUGAUUAGACUUUCAAUUAUAUGCCUCGGGGAAGCAUUGGCAAAUAAAAUACACAAUGAACAAGAAAUAUUGGAAAUUUUGAAACAGUCUUUAAUUUAUGAUGGAACUAGUAAAGUUACAAUUGAUGUUCUCAAUAACAUAUAUUCGAACAAGCAAUUAGAAAGUGAAUAUACUCAAUUUGUCAUUGAAAAGCUAUCUAAUACUUACGUUCUUUCAAGUAACGAAGCAACGUCAUUAUCAGCAUUAAUUUUAUUGGACAAAGCAGCAGAGCAAAGUUCUCCACAAGACUACGAUACACUUGUGAAAAAUUUGAUCCAGUUAUUGCCAGUAGCAACACCCUCAAAUUAUCAUUACAUUUUCAAAAUUUUUGACAACAUUUCAUCAUCAGCCUUGAAUGAUCAAAAUUUAACUCAUCUUCUUGAUAUCAUUGUAAAGUUGGUAAAUGACAACAAAAUCGACGUUGACGAUCAGGCUUUUUUCACAUUCCUUUCCAAAAUAUGUCAAGCAGAUGCAUCAAUUUAUACCAAGCUUGGGAACUCUUUGAAUAAGUCGUUAGAAAUAACUGCAAAGACAUUGGCUACAUGUGCCAGUGAUGAUGUAAAACAUGAAUUGAAUACAAAAAUGUUUAACGAAUUGAGAAGUAUUUCCAAUACGGAAGAUCCAAAUUUUGCUUUUCUCAUACUUUUCUUGGGUUAUUCAAAUGACUCUGCAAAGUAUUUGAACACUCAGUUUAUAAUUGACAUAUUACAAAAAUCAGAUUUUACAAAUGAAAGUAACAUUCAAGCUGCAUCGACAGCUUUAGGAUUGGUUGCAGAAAAAGACGUCAAUUCAUCAGUGCCAGCUAUUUUGCAUGCUUUCUUGCAGGAAAAGAAUACCAUUGUUCGUGGUCUGUUGAUAAGUGCUUUGAAGGUUUUGAUUACUAGUUGUAACUUGGAACAGAAGUUAGAAAUUUGGCAAGCAAUUUUUAAUUUACCAACUAAAUUUGAUCAUUCUUUAAUUCCAGAAUUAAGAAAGUCUGGGGAAAUUUUGGGAAGAAUUGCCUAUUCAUUAGACGAAUCAACAUUUAAAGAUAUUGUCGAGAAUCAAGAGGAUGAGAGAAAAAUUUAUUUAAUCUUGGUUAUAUCAAAAUUCUUAAUCAGUAACCUUGAAAAUUCAAAUCAAAAUGAUAAAUUAUUGACCUUCUUGGUAAAAUCAUCUAUUCCCUGGUUGGAUUUAGUUGACGUUGAUAUAAGACAAAUCGGGGUCGGUAACUUAUUGACUGGAAUUCAUAGUAAGCCGUCAAUAAUUACACCAAUUUUAAAUCAAUUGAUAUUACCUUCAUUGUUUAAACAAUUAACGGCAGAGCCGAAAUUUAAAAAGGUUAUUACAAUGGGGCCAUACAAAUAUGUUUUAGAUCAAGGAUUAGAAAUUAGAAAGCUUUGCUACGAAUUCAUUUAUUCUAUCAUGGCUACAGAUCAAGCUUCAUUGAAUAAAAAUGAGGUAGAUUUACAAUUAAUUGCACAAAAAAUUAUCGAACAUGGAUUGUUGGAUGAUCAAUCAGAUAUAAUUGUUUUGGCAUGUAUUAAUUUAAUCAACUUUUUUGAUUUGCACGAAGCGGAUGCAAAAACAUUAAUCAAAAGUGAUGACAAGGUGAUUACCAAAUUAAUAUCAGGAUUAAACACUCAGUUGGCUAAAAAACUUUCCGCUAAAGCUUCAUCGCAAGACACAGAAAAUCAUCAAGAAAGAAUUAAAUCAAUAAUAAAAUUAACCAAAAAAAUCAACAAUCUUUUUGAAAAUAUGCAAAAUGAUUAUAAUGAACAUCAGUCUAAAUUUGAUGCUUGGAGCAAAUUUAAUUCAGAUGUCAAAGAAAAGUUUAAUGUUUUCUAUAGCACGACUAAUGUUUAA